AUGUCAUUCUUCGGUUUCGACGCAACCGGCCGCCAUAACACGGCGGCUCCUGGCUUCUCCCAAGCCCACGACCCCUUUGCAGGGUUGUCGGGCAGGGAUGGAGACGGCGACGAUGCUCUCGACUUUGAGGAUACCUAUGAUGGUCUUGGAGAUCAGCUUGAGGAAACCGGCGAUGCGUUCAAUGACGAUACUUUUGGAGAUAGUGGCCCUACAGUGGGAAAGAGUGUGGGCAAAGAUUUCGACUUUUUCGGCCAGACAGCCAAGGUUGCCGGUGCUAUUGAGGAAGAACAUCUCCGAUUCCAUCGCCAGGGACCCGCGAUCAAGACCACCCCCGCAGUUCCUCAGUAUGGCGCCGCCGAUAUGCACUCGUACUACUCCAACCAGCCCAUCCAACAGCCUGUACGCUCUGGCUAUGAAAAGUACCGAGACCCCGAACCGCUUCCCGAUCUCCACGUCGACAGAAGUAUCUGGGGCAUUGGACCAGCCAAGCCCGCCAAGCAGCCUUCUCCCGCUCCUCCUGUUCAAUCUAUUCCGUCCGCUUCUAGUCGCAAGGUCAUGAGUCUGGAGGAGGUUGAGGCUGCUAUGCGAGCUCAGCCCAAGAAACCGACCCCUCAGCCUCCUGUCGCGGAGCUGGCUUAUCAACAGCCUCCUCCUGGAUAUCCUGUUCAGCAGCAACCUCCCCAGCAGCAUGGACAUGGCCACCCAGUGACUAUCUUGCAACGGCCUCAGAGCAUCCAGCCGAAGCCCACGCCGCCAGCCCAAGGCCUUCAGGCAACUCCUGUUCAACAGCACCAGCUCCCGGUCCAACCUACCCAGAUCCUGCAGAACCCUAACCGCUCUACCCCCGAUGCGCGGGCGGCGCCUCAUGGCCACCAGGCCAAGCACUCCCAUGGCGCCACCCCCAGUCUCGCUCAGUUGCAAGCGCAUCCUCAGAUGAUGCAGAUGUCGGAGGAAGAGAAGGCAGCCUUUUUGGAUCAAGAGACGAAGAGGGCCAAGCGUAACCACAAGAUCUGGCUUCUCUCAAAGGACAAUGGCUUGAUGACUCCGCAAGACAAAAACUUCAUCACCCGCAUCCAGCUCCAACAGCUCGUCGCCGCCACCGGCAACCCAGUUGAUGGUUCAGAUGCGUCCAUUGCGGAGGAUUUCUACUAUCAGGUUUACAGCCACAUCCGAGCCGGCCAGCGCCAGAACCCCAGCCAGCCUCUCAGCAACUUUGCCCAGACGUACCUGUACCAGACUGGCAGCCGCCAGGGUGGCAUGCGACGACAUGGCCGACCUGCUGAGAACCACUUCCAGCGAAUGGAACAGCAGGUCCAGCGAGCUGUUGAGGCUGCCAAGAACAAGCCUAAGAACCCCCAGCUUGUCAUCGCCGGCAGUCUAGGCAAGAUUUCCUUCAGCAACGCAAAGACGCCCAAGCCUCUCCUUAACAUCAAGCGAACCGAGAGCGACCACCAGCGUCCAAGCAGCGGAAAGAAGGGCUCCAGCCUUGACCGAAAGACGAUUCUGCGCAACGUGGAGAAGGUGUACCAGACCCUGAUGCAGAUUGAGGACCACGUUCGACUUAUUCCCCCUCCCAUGACGAGCCCCGACGAGGAACUGGAGAACAAGCACAAGGAAUGGGCUACCAUUCUGGAGGCUUACAACGCCAAGCUUUGGGGUGAACUGAAGGUCCAUGAGCCGAUUGGAGUCAUCGUUCCUCACCCCUUCAUUGCUUUCUUGUCUUGCGCCAAGGGUGAGAAGGCCAUUCCGCGAAUCUUCCCUCACCUCUCUUUUGAGCAACGAACUACCAUCUUGACCAUGAUCAUCUACCAUCUCGAUCAGUUGGAUGUUGUGCAAGGCGCAGCCAUCAACCCAGGUGAGGUGACUACUCUUAACGCGCGAAUGCGAGAGAAGAUUGAACUGUUCAUCUCUACUGUGAUGCCAUCAUUGAUGCAGUACUUCAAUGAUACUGGUUUGGAUAUUGUUGACGGCGUCCUCAACCUCAUUGCCACAAAGCUCAACGUGGACCUCAUCGCCAGAUCAAGAAUCGGCGUGUCCAUGUUGACACUUAUUCUUAGCCGUGCCGUCCUCCUCAAGCAAACGGGCGCCGGCACUCCAGAGCAAUGGGAUAAAUGGGAUCGCACUUUUGAGACCUUGUUCAGCAGACUUGAGCCUUCGUUGCCUCACAUCUUCCCCGGUAGUGUCAACACCGGAGAGGACGUCUAUGUGUGGCAACUUCUUGCAGCCAUGGGCGUCAGCGCGUCUCACGACCAACAGACUCGCCUUGUCUUGGCUGUCAAGGACCGCGUCCUGGACACGGUUACUGUUUCAAAGACGCUGCCUCCAGCUAUGGCGGCCGACCGGCUGAACAGCGUCAACCUGUUUAUGCGUUCCAUCGGGUUGGAUGUUGAGCUUCUCCAGUAA